GAGAAGAGAUAACCUUCCUCUCUAUUUCUCUCUUCUCUCUCGCUUCCUGCUUUUGCCUGUUUUGAAGGAAGACGGAAAUAAUGGCGAAGUGGGUAGAAUCUGGAGCUCGCAGCCUUUUCAUUACCAUCCUCGGCCGCAGCAUUAACACUGGAGCUUUGACUAUAUUUGAAGAUGGCACGCCAAUUAUUUUCCAAGGCAUUGAC